GGUUGGCUAGUGCUUAUUCACAAAGAAGAAAAUCAGAGGUCUUCUUGGUAUAGCGGUCUCAUGGAAAUAUGGUAUAUCUUUGAGAUCCUUAGCGGAGUGGGGUCCAUAUUUCAUCUAAUGGCUCUAAGCUGGGAUCGCCUGUGCGCCAUUGUAUGGCCGCUGAAGCAUCGUUCAUACACAAAGACAAAAUACCUGGUUAUAAUCGUCGUAGUUUGGUCAGCGGCAACCUUGGUGUCGGGACUCUCUGUAACUGGUAAUAGGAAUUCGCCACAAGCGUACAACAUGACAGUUAUUUGCCUGUGUUUCUUCCUCCCUCUUGUUCUGAUCUUUGUGGCCCAAGGAAUAACGCUGGUCACUAUCAAACGCAACAUUGCUAAAUUUCACCACAACUCCAGUCUAAAGCGGGACGUUAGAGCCACUAAGACAAUUCUCAUUAUGAUAGGGUUGUUUCUGAUUGCCUGGCUGCCGUUCUUUUCUUUGGGUUUGGUUCGUUUCAUCCAAGACGACCACUCUGAACUACCCGCAAACGCAAUCUUUGCAGUCAAACUUUUGCAAUACAGUAAUUCACUUUUCAAUCCCAUUCUGUACGGGAAAAAAUUCCCGGAAUUCAGAAUAGCAUAUAUAAUGAUUUUAUGUUCUGCCAAAAAUGACAGCGAAAGCACAAGGUAUGCAAUUUCCUCUUCCGUAAACACGAAGAAGUUCAGAACUUCCUCGUCCACUCUUAGUACGUCAUUUCCCACAACACAAAGAUCUCACAGAUUGUUGCAUGUUUUGAUAAAGAAGCGUGAAGAGCAAGCAAACGUACAACAGAAAGACGAGGAAUUCACUUUGAUGGUCAGUGGUCUUUGACACUUCGAAAGGUUUUACUGGAAACCUUUCAUGGGCUUCAAAAGACAAACUCGCACACAAAAUAAACACAUUAAACUGAAAAUAGUUUGAGCAAGGCUUUAAAAGCCUUCAUAGAUUACAAAAAUAAUUGCCAAUCACCAAAUGUCACUACUUUGGGGUAACAGUUGACUUGGAAUUAUGUCAUUUCUAUCAUCAUGAGCUAUUUGCAUGGAAAAGCUAAUACGUUCAAAAGUGUAGAACCUAAUCUACCUAGAAAAAAGAAACACCCUUUUAUCUAUGCUCAUUUUCUAUAAACAUAACUCCCUUGCUGUGAAAAGUCAAUCGAUUAAACAACGUUUGUGGAAAAAAAAGUAUAUGUAAAGGUAGCGCUUCAAUCAACAUCAUCGCUGAUGAUUUUGAACAUCACUUUGUAUUUCCAUGAAGUUUUAUGAAGUACUUAUUUAGCUCAGUAACACUUAGUCAUUUAUCUAUGUUUGGAUACAGCGCGCGCUGUCAUUGGUUGAAAGAGCCUGCUAUAUCAGAGUACAAACCACGAAGCUGAGCUGAAGCGAUCACGCUAUCUGCCGAUUGUUACUAUGUCUGCCUUUCUUCGUCAAUUGAAAGUGAUAUUUUGGAACAAGUGGGCAGGCGAGUAGCAACAGAAAACAUGCCAAGCACCGUAGUUUGCAUUAUGGUAACGAUAGCAGAAACGAAAUGGACGGUCCGAAUUUUGAAGGUUUUCACGCUCAGUUAGAUUGUAAAAAUCAAACACAGCGAAUACUCGUGUAGUAUAAUUAGUUUCGUGUUUAAAAACAAAACGGAACAAAAAAGUGAUGAAAAUCUAAACAAACUGAUAUAACUGUUCAAAUUCAUACAAAUUAUGACGGUGUCACAGCGAAUGGGAUCAUGUUGAGAUCUAUCGAGGCUAGCUCAUCAUGGCAAUCUCCAGCCAGCACAGUGAAGCAAACCUCAGAAAUUAAUCGUGCGCCCUUCGAGUAAAAUGAAAUAUGAGCUUGCUCUGAUAUCCUUUCCGAUGCGUUGAGUUGAGGGCCACAUCAGCCGACUUUUAUGACACUGUCAUCCCGAGCAGCUUGAUAUUCCUAUGAAUUCGGCCGCCGUUCAUUCAUAAAACACACUCCUUAAAGAGUUUGUUUAAUAACUGUCAUUUGAAAA